AGGGAUAUGAAAAGGCCAAUAUGUCUGUAGAUGUUGAAGUUGCAGGGACUCUUUCAUUCAUCUCUAUAACCAAAGGAGAUGGAGGACAGGUGAACGUUACCUGUGUAUCAGAUGGAUGGUCUCCGCAGCCUACAGUUACCUGGACAGGUGGAGGAGGGGAGAUCAAGGGUGAAAACACUGUCUACUCUACAGAUGAGCAGGGUUUGGUGCGAGUGACUUCCUGGCUGCUGCAUUCUCCAUCUGAGUCAGAGUCACUCUCCUGCUCUGUGGGUCUGUCUGAUCAGGACAGGAGAGAGGGCAGGGUGGUACCAUACAUCUACACAUCAGACCAAGGCAACACAGAUCUGGAGACACAACCGCUGAACAAGACAGGGGACGCAGCAAGACAUGAGGAGGAGAAAACGGAACUGGAGAGCAAGAUGAAAGAUCUGGAAAAACAACUUAAUGACAAGGCACAGCAAGAAAAACAGCUAAAAGCUCUGGAGAACACCUAG